AUGCCGCGCAAAAUUAUUCUUGACUGCGAUCCCGGAAUCGAUGAUGCCGUGGCUAUCCUCCUCGCCUACGGCAACCCGGAGAUCGAGCUACUUGCCAUUACGACAGUGGUGGGUAACCAGACCUUGGAGAAGGUGACCCGGAAUGCGCAGCUGGUGGCUGAUGUGGCCGGCAUUGUCGGUGUGCCCAUCGCGGCUGGUUGCUGCAAACCCCUCGUGCGCAAAGUGCGGACUGCCCCUCAGAUUCACGGUGAAACCGGCCUGGGUACCGUCAGCUACCCCUCGGAGUUCAAGACAAAGCUGGACAAGCGCCACGCAGUGCAUCUCAUCAUUGAGCUGAUCAUGUCGCACGAGCCUAAGUCCAUUACGCUUGUGCCCACGGGAGGCCUGACGAAUAUUGCAAUGGCUGCUCGUCUUGAGCCGCGCAUUGUGGAACGCGUGAAGGAGGUGGUUCUGAUGGGUGGCAGCUGCUGUAUUGGUAAUGCGUCCCCCGUCGCGGAGUUCAACAUCUUUGUCGACCCGGAGGCAGCCCACAUUGUGUUUAACGAGAGCUGGGACGUGACAAUGGUGGGGCUUGACCUGACAAGCCAGGCGCUCGCCACGCCGGAGGUCCUGCAGCGGGUGAAGGAGGUGCGCACAAAGCCUGCUGACUUCAUACUGAAGAUUUUGGAAUUCUACACAAAAGUAUACGAAACACAGCGAAAUACAUACGCCAAGGUGCACGAUCCGUGUGCUGUGGCGUACGUGAUUGACCCCACCGUGAUGACGACCAAUCGAGUGCCGGUGAACAUCGAACUGAACGGGGAGUUAACGGCUGGCAUGACAGUCACAGACUUUCGCUACCCGAGGCCGGAACAAUGCCACACGCAGGUGGCGUCAAAACUGGACUUCAGCAAGUACUGGGACCUCGUGAUUGACGCACUCCAGCGCAUCGGUGAUCCUUAG